AUGGGAAGAGUUGCCAGUUCCAAGAGCAGAAAACAGAGGCAUGAUCCCCUCUUGAAAGAUCUUGAUUCUGCCCAAGGGAAUUUGAGAAAAGCGCCUAAAAAGAGAGAAGAUCAAAAAGACGAGGAUGACCAGGAGGAGUACGUCGAUGCGGCUUCCUCCAGGAGGAUUCUCCAGCUAGCCAAGGAGCAACAGCAAGAGCUUGAGGAAGAACAGGAAAAUGAAAAGAAUGGCGGCAACAAUUUCGCGAGAUUCCGUCUCGCAGGUAACUACGAAGAAGACGAGGAGGAAGACGAGGACCAAGAGCGCGAGGAAAACAUUUCAGACUUCGAGCCUGAGUACGACGAGGAGCAAGAAGAGGAGGAAGUUGUUGAGAUUGAUGAAGAGGAUGCAGCGAUGUUCGAACAGUACUUCAAACGGUCGACAGAUUACAACUCGGAUUUCCAGAGCUACAACUUGGCAGAUAAAAUCAUGGCAUCCAUCAGAGAGAAGGAGAUGGAGCUCAAUGCAGGCUCUGCCUCCGCUCGUGACGAGACUCAGCCAGAAGGUGUCGCGCUGCCACCUAAGGUUAUCAGGGCCUACAGCACCGUCGGCGUAAUCUUGAAGACCUGGACGCACGGCAAGCUUCCUAAGCUAUUUAAGGUGAUUCCUUCGCUGAACAACUGGCAGGACGUUCUAUAUGUGACUAACCCUGCGGAUUGGUCACCACACGUGGUUUAUGAGGCUACCAAGCUCUUUGUCUCUAAUCUUCCCGCCAAGGAGGCACAGAAGUUUAUCAACGCUGUACUCCUGGACCGGUUCCGGGACAACAUCGAGACUGCAGAGGAUCAUUCGCUAAACUACCAUAUCUACAGAGCCUUGAAGAAGUCGCUUUAUAAGCCAAGUGCGUACUUCAAGGGCUUCUUGUUUCCAUUGCUGGAGAUGGGUUGCAAUAUCAGAGAGGCGACCAUCGCCGGAAGUGUCCUAGCUAAGGUUUCCGUCCCAGCGCUCCACUCUGCGGCUGCUUUGAGUUACCUUCUAAGGCUACCAUUCUCGCCAGCAACCACUGUUUUCAUAAAGAUCCUACUGGAGAAGAAGUACGCGCUACCAUACCAGACCGUUGACGACUGUGUCUACUACUUCAUGAGAUUCAGAAUUUUGAGCGACGGCAGUAAUGGCGAGGACAGUAGCCGCACACUGCCAGUCGUCUGGCACAAGGCGUUCCUGUCCUUUGCUCAGCGCUACAAAAACGAUAUCACCCAGGACCAAAGAGACUUCCUGCUUGAGACUGUUCGCCAAAGAGGUCACAAAGACAUCGGCCCUGAGAUUAGACGCGAACUGAUGGCCGGCGAAAGCAGAGAGUUUGUGAACAACCUUGAAUCCAAAGACGAUCUGAUGCUGGAUGUACAGUAG